GCGUUGUUUCCCCGGAUCCUAUCGAAGUGUCCUUUAUGCUAGGCUGAGCAUCAUUGGUUUAAAAAACAAAGAUUGGGUAGCACAGUAUAGUCGUCUAUAAUGUGAUCAAGGUCUGAAUUAAAUUAAGAGGCUAAGGAAGUGGCAAUAGAGCUGUUUCGAGGUCCAAACUAGCACGACGUAACGGCGAUCCAGCCAGAGCAGCGGACAUCGGCAGCUUCAUCAUUGUUGCACACGUGAGAGAUAGACGCUAGCCCUUUUGGGAGCCACUGUACCUGGCCCGCGGCUGGCCCGCCGCCGCCUUGAAUGCUAACGGAUAGGAGACCCCUCACUUGCUGCUGGAUACACUGAGGAGUCAAGGAGCGUCUGCUAUUAGCUGCGGAACCGAUCAAAAAUAAUAAUAAUGGGCAUCGGUAGAUGCAACAAAGAGGUGUUGAGCUUGUCAUUCUACAACGGUUAUGCAAUUCUUGCGUUGUGCCUGUCGAUCCACACUACCUUCUGCGAUCAUUUACUGGCCUCUACCCUGCCAGAAGACGAUGCAACGGUGCAAAGCCAGAUUACAGCCAGAUUGGCCCUUUAUUAUUUGAGUAUGAGUUCUUUCUUGGCCUUUAUAAGUGUGAGGGAAGUGAAUAAUCUUCUGGCGAAGGCUUUGUACGCCUCUAGAGGCUCAAAAGGGCAGUCGGACUCGAACAGGGCUCCAUGCAAGGUGGUAUCAGUGCCCAAGGCUGAUCUGAGUCCUGCUGCGGGGAAAUAUUGCGUAAGAAUAUGAUGUAUGAGUUUAUACCGAUUUUAACUGCGUGUUACUGCAGAGAGGUCAGAAGUAGUUGAGUCGAGAAACUGGGAGCGGCUCAUAGAGAAGCAGGAGGCCACUCGCAGGCUGUAUUCGUUGUUUUCCAAUUUCGCCAAGGGAACACGUCACUGGAUAAGACCAUCCCAAUAAUGUUGAUUCAAGAACAACAGAGAUGUCGGCAUUGAUGAG